UAUACCGGUUUCCAAGAUGGCUGCCGUGGCGAGGAACAUCAGUCCUCGAUAUUUACGACAAUUUGCCGUGCGGAUUCCAACAGCAAUGUGGAGGUUGACAUCCAGCAGCUCAGCAUCUGAUGACGGCGAUUCCGUCAACACGGCCAGUUCUAGUUCACCAACAGAAAACAAAGAAGAGGUCAGCGACAUAAGCACAUACAAAGUGAAGGAAUACUAUUCAUACAAUGAAUACUCUUUCUAUGAUUUGGAGAAUGUCAUUGAUGCUACUGGAAAGAGGCAAAUCCAGCCAAAUCCUAUGGAGAAGUACGCUCACACUGACCCUUGGACGACAUAGGACAUGGUUACAGUUGGUGCAACUCUUGAAAAUACUGUUGUUUCUUCUUAAUCUUUCUCAAAAGUAUGCUUACAAAAUGAUGUUCUUAGUUGCUUUUCCAUGGCACAAAUACUUCAAAUGUUGAGAUGUAGCUCAUUUAAGGGGAUCAUAAUUACUUGUUGGAUAAAUUUAAAACAUUCACCAACAUGGCAUUUUUGAAAGUGACUUUAUGAAAGCUAUAAUUAUUUCCUUGUUAAUGAAACUCAUGUUUGUCUUUUCAGGAGACAAAAUGAAUUCUCUGACUGAGUGAAUGCUAACUUUAGUUUUGUGGUAGUCACUAGUAGUAGUCUUUUUUUUUUCUAAUAUAUUGGGAUAACUACGAUAAAACUCAUCAUUUGUACAAAAAAAAUAUUCCCAACAGAUCAGAAUUGUUUUCAGGAUUUGUAGUGCUGGUGUACUUCUCAGUAAAAAUUUACAAUAAAUGAAUCUGAGGAGGUGCGUGAUUGUGGAGUUGUUGUUAUCCCCUACCUUGAAAAAGAGAAUGUGUCUGAUAUAGUAUUUUCCAUUAAUAUAAGUACUUAUGAAGCUGAAAUUGAGUGCCUCAUCAAAUAUUCUUUACAGAGUGUAAACAGGCAAAUCAAUUGUGGAAACAUUUAUUUAAUUCAUACUUCAGUUUCUCUUUGAUAACAAUGGUCAACUUUGCAAUCACGUGGUCAAUGAAACUGUAACAUUAAAACUGAGAAAUCUCUGGCAGAUUUACUAUUCAAAUAAAGGAG